AUGGAAGCUAUCGCUAGCAAAAGUCAGUGGAACAUUUACGCUCUGGACCGCAUACUCACCAGCCCCCUGUCUCUUGCCGCCAACAACAUGAUAGAGCUACGCACCACCUGCGGCUGGAAAGUACUCGUACACAAGACCCUUCUUUGUCACUACUCCAAAUACUACGAAGUGGCCAUCUAUGGAGGAUUUCAAGAGGCUAAGAACGAUUACUUCGACCUCGGACUGAACAAACCUUGCGCAGAAUGGUUCGUCAGGUGGCUCUACAGCGGAAAACUAAGUGGUCCGGACACGAGCACUGACAUUGGAGAGCUCUUCCGGCUUUACAUCUUCGCUGAUGAGAAAGACAUCUUGGCUUUGACAAGAGAUGUAAUGACCAGACUGCCGGAGUUUGAUCCAUAUCUGUCGUACCAGGAGAUUGUUCUGCCGAUCAAAUCACUGCCGUCGUCAUCUCCACUAUACAAAUUCAUCGUGGCCUGGCACGCUACUCACUGGAUGCCGGACGACGAAGACUCUGAAAGGGAGAAUCAAGCCAUGCCUCUGGUUGGGUAG